GCUGAUCAGCUGACUGAAGAACAGAUUGCUGAAUUCAAGGAAGCUUUCUCCCUAUUCGAUAAAGAUGGUGAUGGCACCAUCACCACAAAGGAACUUGGGACUGUCAUGCGGUCACUGGGUCAGAACCCAACAGAAGCUGAAUUGCAGGAUAUGAUCAACGAAGUGGAUGCCGAUGGGAAUGGCACCAUUGACUUCCCAGAGUUCUUGACCAUGAUGGCUAGAAAAAUGAAAGAUACAGAUAGCGAAGAGGAAAUCCGCGAGGCAUUCCGAGUUUUUGACAAGGAUGGGAAUGGUUACAUCAGCGCAGCAGAACUGCGCCAUGUCAUGACAAACUUAGGAGAAAAACUAACAGAUGAAGAAGUAGAUGAAAUGAUCAGAGAAGCAGAUAUUGAUGGAGACGGACAAGUCAACUAUGAAGAAUUCGUACAGAUGAUGACUGCAAAAUGAAGACCCACUUUCAACUACUUUUCCCUCUAGAAGAAUCAAAUUGAAAUCUUUUACUUACCUCUUACAAAAAAAAAAAGAAAAAAGAAAAAAGUUCAUUUAUUCAUUCUGUUUCUAUCUAGCAAAACUGAAUGUCAAACGUACCUUCUGUCCACACACAAAAUCUGCAUGUAUUGGUUGGUGGUCCUGUCCCCUAAAGAUCAAGCCCCCACAUCAGUUUUACAGUAUAAAUACUCGUACUACCUUCUAAGGAAGCACCUAGUGGACUCCUUAAAGUUCCAUUUGCUAAUGAUUAAUAAUACACUGUUUGGGCUGGCCAGUUUCUCAUGCAUGCAGCUUGACGAUUGAGCACAGUCAGGCCUUUGUAUUAAAACCAAAACAGAAAAAAACAAAUUCAAAACCUCAGAUGGGUUCUACAAUUUGUUGGGAUAAAAUUGUCAGUAGCCAGUUUACUGCAAACAAACAUUUAAAAUUGGUUUACCUCGGGAUGAUGUGCAGAAAAUGGGUGAAGGUUACACUUGGAGACACAGCCCCAGAAGUACUUCCAGUGCUCCAAUCCCAUGGUGACAAUGACAGCCUGGUGGCAUGCCUGAGUAUGAUGGUUUAGUGCUGUGUGCAUUGCACUAGAGGGAAAUGAACAUCAAGGCUGUCACCAAAUCACACAAAUUUUUAAUAAGAAAUGUUUACCAAGGGAGCAUCUUUGGACUCUCUGUUUUAAAAACCUUUCAAACCAUGACUCGGAGCCAGCAGAGUAGGCUGUGGCUGUGGACUUGAGCACAACCAUCGACAUUGCUGUUCAGGAAAUUAUCAUUUACGUCCAUUCCAAGUUGUAAAUGCUAGUCUUUAUUUUUUUUUUUUCCAAUAAAAAGACCAUUAACUUAAAAGUGGUGUUAAAUGCUUUGUAAAGCUGAGAUCUGAAGGGGACAGGGACAAGGCCGUUGGAGGGGAGGCCAGCAUACAUAUAAACAUGCCCAUCUUCCGGUGUAAACCUCAUUUCCCUCCCAAGUUCCCUAGCAUCAUCUGGUGAAACCGGGCAGACGCCAAUUGCUUUGUCAUCUAUGGCCACGUAAGUCUCUGUUUUCUCUCCGUGUGUGCACUCGUGCUCACACGCAAAUCCUGGUCACUUGAUGAGCUUUUCAGGCAGAGAAGUUAGUGAGGGAACAGCCUCUCCCCAGCGUGCGUUUAGUUCUCAGCUGUGCUGCUGAUGACCCUGUGAGGCCAUCUGUGCAGGAGACGUGAUUAGUGCGUCUGUAAUUCAAUCUUCACCGUGUAUGUGGAAGCAGUAUCCAGUCAGAGACACUACCAGUCACCUUGAUCCCGUUUUUAAUUUGAUACCCUUUAACCUCUCCACUGUUAAAAAUUGACUUUUUUUUCUUCCUGUAAGUAGAACUAAUGCUUAAGCCUCUGGCUUGAAAGAAAAAACAAACAAAAAACCCAAAAAGCAAAACUAUAGCUCAGAGUGAAUUUUGUGUCUAAUUAUAAACCAGUAACCAAAACUGAAGAUGUGCUGGUACUGGUCUAUUUAGAACCCCCUCCCCCCAACUUAGAAGUGUGUUGCAUUUAGUACAGAGCUCAUUUUGAAACAAGGGCCUCAUAUAUUUUUCAGGGUGUUAACUGGUUGUAUCUGAUUAGCAGGGAGCUUUGGCUUCCGAGUGUGGGGGUGGUAGGGAACAGUGGCGGGGUUCUAGCAAGCACUAACAAGCCCUUGGCAGCCAAAUAGGUGCAUUCAGGGCUAAUGUAUAGACCCUUGGCUUCUCCAACUCUCCUACUCCCUGCCUCUCUGGCAUUUUGUAGCUCCUUAGCAUUUGGGUUGGUUUGUUUUUUUCUUUUUUUUUCCUGCCAGAGUGGUGGGUCAGAGCUGUGGAGAGGAAGGCAUUGCUUGUGUGUUUCUGCUGGCCUUCAGACUGCGUGGUUGGCAGACAGGUUGAUGAGCUGUAAGUUGUCUUUAUUUCUGAAUUGUUAGGUAUCCCUAAGAAUACCUUGGGGGUUCCUUUCUGGUAAGAGCACUGAGGGUACCCCGGUGUGAAGAAGUGAAUGGCAGUAGCUAUGUCUUGUAAGGGGAUUGAAUUGCCCAGCUGUGGACCCAGCCUCGGGCUUGUGGUCUGAGCUCUUGGUAGUUUCAAAGGGAGUUGGAGGUGACUGAUGUUUUAAAAACUUACCUCCUAUUACCUUUUACCAAGUCUUUGUAGAAGCUGGGUAGACUCUACUAGAGAAGCCCCAUAGCCUGUCCCAAAAGGCUACCUUCGAACCAGGAUUCUUGUGUGGUCAGGAAUCCUGCAUGGGAACCAGAAACCCUAACCCCCUGGGAACGUGAAGCCGUCAAGUUUGGAGCGGUGGGAGGCAGAGCACCCCUACCUCCUGAGCCUUUUCUUCUGACACCCUGGAGCACAAGCAGCCCAGGGUUUGGUGUUAGUCUGAGUUUGUGAGGGGAAAGAGUAGGCUGUCAAGGCAGUACCCCUGGAGUCAGAUAGCACUUUGCUGUAAACGCCCUCACUUAAGUACUCUAUAAAUAUAUACAUAUAUUUAUAUAUAUAUAUGUAUAAAGUGACUAGUUAGCUGGCAUCCUGCUUUAGCCUGAGACUUGCCCUAAGAAACUGCCGAGUCUUUGGCACACUUCAGAGCUGUGUUCUCCGUCUGUUCGGGGGAACUGUUGAGCAAGGCAACAACUUGAUAGUUCAGAUGAGCUUUAAUGUGCUGUUGCCAGGGAAGGCUUUCUGAUUUUUUUUUUUUUGACAAAUUUUUGCACAUUUUAAUUGGUGUCUUUGAGCAACUUAAACACAUUGAAGAUGAGCUGUUGUACAUAGUUUUAUAUUCUCUUUAUAAGUGCAUGUCCAACUUGUAACCAUAUUGUAAUGAAUGGCUGUCCAGUAGGCCUAGCGUUACUAUCACACAAGAGGGAUAGCAUCUAUCAUUCAACCCUCAGCAUCCUGGGAACUUCUUCUUGAACAAAGAAUAAAUUUGGACAAGUCAGCUAUUAGUUCAAUUAAUCUUAGCCAUUAGAAUUAUUUCUUGUGUGUCCUAAACACUACUUUUUUUUUGGCAGCAACCAGAUUUAUACUGUUGUGUCUUAACCGACCCACUCAGCUGGCAGUCGCCUACUUUUUUUUUUUUUUUUUAAAUAUCCCUUGAAGUUGUCCUGUAGGAGACAAAUUCUUUGCUGUUUAUCCCUUUGAGUAAGAAGGUAGGGAUGUGUGUUCUUCCCCUAGACCUACUACAAUGUCAUUAAACACCUAUAGCAAGGAUGGUGGUGGUCCUUCUGUUCCUGAAGUCACCCUUCACUGUGGCUGUUUGAAAAAGAGAUGUACUUGAACGUUCUGUAAAUCUUGAGAUAAACUGUUUUGGAGAUUUAACCACCUCUCUGAUGGGGGACCAACUCUAUGGAAAUUGUAAAUAAGUUUUAUUUAUAAACCUGGCACUGUAUUCAAUAAACACUUCUGCAGCCUUUCA